GCAUAAUUAUUUAGAGGGGGUGUCAGGGGCAAAAAAUCCACUACUUGGGUGAGUUCAACCCAGAACGAGAGGGAGAAAGAGAGAGGGAGUUCUCCACCAUGGCCAGUGAAGAGUAAGGGGAGACUGCCACUAUGAUUGGAGGACUGUUUAUCUACAACCAUAAGGGGGAGGUGCUGAUCUCCCGCGUGUACCGGGAUGACAUAGGGCGGAAUGCAGUGGACGCGUUCCGCGUGAACGUGAUCCACGCCCGUCAGCAGGUGCGCUCCCCCGUCACCAACAUCGCUCGCACCAGCUUCUUCCACGUCAAACGCUCCAACAUUUGGCUGGCAGCCGUCACCAAACAGAACGUCAAUGCCGCCAUGGUGUUUGAGUUCCUCUACAAGAUGUGUGACGUCAUGACCGCUUACUUCGGCAAAAUCAGUGAGGAGAACAUCAAGAACAACUUCGUGCUCAUCUACGAACUGCUAGACGAGAUCCUGGAUUUCGGCUACCCUCAGAACUCUGAGACCGGGGCCCUGAAGACCUUCAUCACUCAACAGGGCAUUAAGAGCCAGCACCAUACGAAAGAGGAGCAGUCUCAGAUCACCAGUCAGGUGACGGGGCAGAUCGGCUGGCGUCGGGAGGGGAUAAAGUACCGGCGUAAUGAACUCUUCCUGGAUGUACUGGAAAGUGUCAACCUGCUGAUGUCACCACAGGGUCAGGUACUGAGUGCUCACGUGUCUGGGCGUGUGGUGAUGAAGAGCUACCUGAGCGGGAUGCCUGAGUGUAAGUUUGGCAUGAACGACAAGAUCGUCAUUGACAAACAGGGCAAGGGCGGCUCUGCUGACGAUGCCGGCAAGAGUGAGUUGGGGGGCAGUGGGAAGCAGUCCAUAGCCAUCGAUGACUGUACUUUCCACCAGUGUGUCCGUCUCAGCAAGUUUGACUCUGAGCGCAGCAUCAGCUUCAUUCCUCCUGAUGGAGAGUAUGAGCUCAUGAGGUACCGCACCACUAAAGACAUCAUCCUGCCCUUCCGGGUCAUUCCGCUAGUCAGAGAAGUGGGUCGUACCAAGCUGGAGGUUAAGGUGGUCAUUAAGUCCAACUUCAAGCCUUCACUGCUGGCCCAGAAGAUCGAGGUUCGCAUCCCCACCCCUCUGAAUACAAGUGGAGUGCAGGUCAUCUGCAUGAAAGGCAAAGCCAAGUACAAAGCCAGUGAGAACGCCAUCGUAUGGAAGAUCAAGCGUAUGGCUGGGAUGAAGGAGUCACAGAUCAGUGCAGAGAUUGAGCUUCUGCCCACUAAUGAUAAGAAGAAAUGGGCUCGUCCACCCAUCUCCAUGAACUUUGAGGUGCCGUUUGCUCCGUCGGGACUGAAGGUGCGCUACCUGAAGGUGUUUGAGCCAAAGCUGAACUACAGCGACCACGAUGUGAUCAAAUGGGUUCGUUACAUUGGACGCAGCGGCAUCUAUGAGACGCGCUGCUAACGGCCCCAGACACGGGAGGAGAGAACUGUGGAGGGGUCAGACAGGACAGAGACAUGAAGAGAAGACAUGAAAAUGGCUCUCCUCGCUUUGUCCUGCACUACCCACCUCUCAUGUUUCUUUUUUUCUUUCUCUCUUUCAUACAGGGGCUGUAAGAAAACAAAAACAAGUACAGCAAUGGGAAAGAAUUCCAAAUGUCCAUAUUCAAAAUGUGACUAGUAAGAGAGGAUCCAAAACUUGUCCUGUGGAGCAGAAAGAAAAUGAAAUAAAAUAGUAGGAAAGCUGUUUAUUUACGAUGAACAAAGUAAAAUAUGAGCAGUAAUCCACCCCUUCCCUGGCCCCAGCCCAGCCUGUUUGAGAAAACUUCCCUUUAGAGAGAUAGAUGUGGUCCGUUUUACACUUCUCCUCGUGCUCCUUCACAGUAUACAUUCCUUUACACCUCUCCUCCUCCCCCUGUGUGUGUGUGUGUGUCCCUGGUUUGUUAAGCCCGGCCCCCUCAGGCUGGGCUCCUGAGCUGAAGAGCAGUGAGGUGACGUGGCGUGGUCUGAGAUGUCCUCUCUGUCACAAUCACUUCAGUUCUCCUUGAGCAGAAAACCCAGCCCCCUCCCCAAACCCCAUCUUUCCCUAGAUAUAAUCCUGCUUAAAGCUGUAGUGUAGACAGCUAUUGGUCUCAUCAAGGUAGUUUCCAUCCAUUUUAUAUAAACAACCCUUUUUGUUUUUUUGUUUGCUUGUUUUGUUUUUUUGUUUUGUUUUAAGUCCCCAUUCUCUCUUUAGUGUGUUAGUUAGCUCUUGUCAGUGUUUUGUAUUCAGUGUUUUGUGUAUCUGUCUAUGCUGUGGCCCCAACUUGCGUUACUUAUCCCUCUCUCUCUCUUUCAUUCCCCUCCUCAUCCUUUCUUCCUGACAGUAGCUGUUAUUUUCAAUGUAAGAAUUAUACUGGCACAGUUAACAAUUUCAUCUACUGUGGUUUCCCAUUUUUUUUUCUUCCUUUUUUUUUUUUUUUUUGUUUCAUUUGGCUUUUUUUUGUUUGUUUGUUUAAUUUGUCUCAGUGCAACAGAGUUUCUGUAUGUGACCAAAAUUCUCAAACAUAUGAGGAGAUAUGAACUAAAGCAACAAACAUGUACUAAUACCAGAAAAUCAGUCUGUCUAUAAAUAAAUAUAUAAAUCAAAUAUGUUUGUGUAUACAUGUAAGAAACACAGCUUAGCGGAGUUAGAUGAGGAGAGCUUCUGUCCAUUUGACUGUUGGAGUCACAGUUGGUUUGUGAAUGUGAAAUCAAGCCCAUUUGUCAAACUCUGGUGGUUCACUUUUGCCUUCAACGCACUCUGCAGCCUGUGGAUGUGUGUGUGUGUGUGUAAGAGAGAGAGAAAGAUAAUCGUUAACCCUUUCUCAUUCAGCGAUUUAGUUUUCUGCUUAACUCUCUCAAAUGCACUGACAUGCCCAUGCAAACCUGCUUACAUCCCUCACGUGUCUCUCCUGAUUACGAAAGAGUGAGCGCCUCUCAGCCUGUCGGGUGUCUCCUGUAAGAUCACAUAGAGGUCAUGAUUGCUCUAACCCUAGCUGACAUGUCCAAAAUGGUUUUUCACCCUCCGUCUGAGGUGUUUGAAUUUAUAAUGAUGAACCGCUCUCUCCGGCACAGCAUGUGUUUCACUGAUUAGACCCCUCCUCCCCCUCCAGCAUGUCCACCUGACACAUCCUCAGACCUACUGCACUUCCAGCAGUACAUUUCAGUUCAUUUUAUCUGCUUUCCUCACAACACUACGUUCCUGAAGGCAUAUUCACUCAGACACACGCUUGUUUGCACCCUCUCUCUCUCACACACACUUGUACACACACACACAUUCACAUGUUCUCCAACCCUGCUGUGUUCUGCUUUCGUUGAGGUGGUGAGGCUUCUAGGGAACAUAACCCUUGGCUUCAGUGUCCGAGUCUGAGCUCCAUGUGGUGACUUUGUGACUGUCCAGCUAAUCGUAAUAAAAGAAAAUAAUGCCAUCA